CAAGGUCACGGCCGAGCAGAUGUGGUUCUGCAGUCGCUCGGUAGUGUUCGCUCCGCUCUCCCAUCUCGAUUUCCCAGAAUGGUGAGUCCGAGAAGGACCGGUUUACAAACAGGCUAACAGACGAUGAUUGAUGGCUGAGGGUGCUGUGCUGCUUGUAGCCGCCGUGUUCGUGCUUCACGGCGCACACUCUAGUGUACCUCCAAAAUUCAUAAAGGCUUCUUAUGGAGUCCAGAAGGCGUUGUACGCCAGGAACUACGGGUACUCCUUGGUGCCCAUACCUGCGCACAUCCAAGUGCAGGCGCAUCCACCGAAGACGUUGCCCAUAAUCGGGGAUCAUCCUGUUCUGUCCGCCAGACAGGGACGGGCCUACAGGUACUACAAGCCGCGGAGCAGGUCACGGCGAAGGAAGCGUCCUCCGACUAAGCGCAGAAGGCCGUCAGGGUACGGCUUGCCGGUGUAUGCCACAAAGUACAAAAACUACGUACCUUCCAGGAGACCACCCUACAGCAGGUACAAGAGGAAGAGAAGGCCCUACAGAGGACCUCCCGGUCCUCCAAGGAGGCCACCUCCACCUAUCAGAGAAGUCCACCACGAAUUUGACGAGUACGAGCAAGAGAUACCCGAUGAUUACGAUGAAUACGAUACGCGAGAAAAUGAUUACAACUAUUUUGACGUUCCACCGAAAAGGCUACCCUUGGAGUACGACAAGGAGUUCUUGAAUCGUCACGCUGAUUUAUACAACGGUGGUUACAACCCCGGCCCUCCUCGGAUCAGGCCGAAGGAUGUGGUCGGUCAAUACACGGACCAAGUCAGAACUCGGAUCCGAUACCAGACGAAUACCGAAGAUCACUUGGAGCAACCGGAGAAAUCUGGUGAAGAAUCUCAAGAGAGUCUGUGGCCCGGAGAAGUGACAAGUGUACAUAGUCAUGAGGAUCCCUGGCACGAUUCUUCCAACGUUCACGCGCAGAGCUCCUGGCACGAGGAGGUGCACAAUCCUUCCAAUCAGUGGCACGAGCAUGCUAAACCCAACCAACAAUCUUCUCACGAAUGGUCUAGCCACUCUAGGCCCCCACGACUAGACAACCAGUGGCAGGUCUACCACGGACCGCAAGUUUCCCAUCAGUCGUACCAACCUCAACAACACCACCAGCAACACUUCAACUGGCCGCCGAGACCCACUAGGGCUCAAGAGCUCCGCAGCUGGACGACCUCCCUGCGACCCAAACCUCUUUCGGCCGCCGUGGCCGCCCCGUCCAGACCCGUGAUCCCGAGGGAACAGGAGUCCCGCCCCGUCUACAAUUGGGAUCCAACAUCAAAUAGUUAUCAACUUGUCGAACACAACGACAACCGUCCCCGCUACCAGGCACACUACUCGGAAGCUGACUUCAACUAUCUCCAGCGGAGUAGCAGCGACCACGUGGACCGGAAGGCGGCGGAGACUCAUAGAAGUAAUCGGGCAUUCAGCGAACCGGAUAUCGGUUUCGGGGAGGGCUUAGAAGUGGUGGAUGAUAACGUUGCGGGUUGGAAAGUGAAGAAGUGAUUAUUCUAUAAACAAUGUUCACGGGUAAAACUAACAAGUUCACCUCUUUAUUUUACUAAUUUUAUUAAAUACUCGUACAUAGUUUUUUUUAGAUAUAAAACAUUGUAGUCGUAUACAUAUAUCAGUAUUAUACUGUUCUUUCAGUUAUAUUCUUUUACUACGCAAAGCACACAAUAAUGUACAGUUACUGUAUGUUAAAAUUUAUUUUUAUGCACAUAGAUCUAAUGAACUUAGUUAUUAUAAGAAGGUACACGUUCAGUUGAAUUGUUAUAACAAAGCUAACUGUAAGAUUACCGUAUACUGAAGUUGUAAAUAUCUAGCUAGGUUAAGAUUGUGAAUACCGGUAACCUAAAUUCUAUUUGCUCAUACAUAAUGUACCAUGGGUGCAUAGUAUACGCAUAACUUAUCUGAAUUAUAACCUGUUAAUAUUAUUUAUAUACCUCGCAAAAUUUACGAACAAUUUCUAUUUUAAGAGAUUGUGUUAACGUUAUUCUGUUAUCAUUUUGUUUUUGUUGUUGUUAAUUUUACUGUUUCUGUUAUCUUGUUAAUUGUUAUUGUUAUACAUCACAAAGUAGGCUUAGUAAUAUAUUUAAUGCUAUGCAUGUUACACGGCAGGACACGAAUCUGCUUGGAAUCGAGUACGUUAAUCUUUAACGGCUGUUAUAAUUUAUACGCUGUAUGAUAUAAACCAAAGCUGUACAUAAUAUUUAUACUUGUUAUUAAAUCUGAUUUAUGAUUGGC